GUUUUGAGUGAUGGAAUCACUAAAACAAAUCACAAAUAAUUAAUGUAAUUUUCUGUACCAUGGGACUUGGGCGGAUGCAAGUUGUAAUGCUAACAUGAUGAAAGAUUUUAAGAACUUAACUAAAUAUUUUCCAGUGUACCAAAAGAAAAAAGUCAACUCUAUUAGUAUAAGUAGUCUAUUUUAUAUUUAUAUAUCCCAGACACAAGCUAAAACAGACUCUAAUUGCGUUUGCCAAAACAUAGAUAUAAUUCAUUCUCAAGUCUAAUAGUAUUUGCCACUUCUAACUAUUUGGCUUGCAAAAGAGAAGCUACAAUCUAAAUGGGGAUAUGCAGAAAUGUCAAGACAGAAGAAAAGCAACUUCAAAGCAAGGGGGGAAUUAGAGCAACUCUUUUUGUCUAUGCUGUGGUGGGGAUUGAUGCCAUGGUGUUUGCUUCAAACGCUGUGAGCCUGGUGACUUACUUCAAUGGGUAUAUGAACUUAAGCUUAACAAAAUCAGCCAAUUCUGUGACAAACUUCAUGGGAACAGCAUUCUUGCUCUCAUUAUUUGGAGCUUUUAUCACAGAUACUUACUUCUCCAGAUUCAAGACUAGUGUUCUGUUUGGAAUCCUUCCGGUUUUGGGAUAUGCACUUCUAGCAGUGCAAGCACACCUCAGCCAACUGAGGCCAUUUCCCUGCAAGGAUGUACCUUUAAGCCAAAAGAAUCGAUGUGAAUCUGCAGAUAGCGGUCAAUUGGCAAUCUUGUAUGGAGGUGUUUAUCUGAUAGCAUUUGGAAACGGUGGAGUCAAAGCACCUUUGGUAUCUUUGGGAGCUGAUCAAUUUGAUGAAAAGAAUCCCAAAGAGGCCGCUAACCUAUCAAGUUACUUCAAUUGGCUACUGUUCUUCAUCACGAUUGGAGCCAUGCUAGGAGUUAUAUUUUUAGUUUGGAUAGGUGAUAAUAAGGGAUGGGAUUGGUCAUUUGGUGUUUGUUCCGUAGCGCUUGGUUUGGCAAUCCUGCUCUUGACCAUGGGAAGACAGUUUUACAGAUACAAUGCACCUAAAGGAAGCCCUCUGACGCGCAUUUCGCAGGUCCUUGUUGCAGCUUUUAGAAACAGAAAUCUCCCACUACCGCAGAACAAAGAAGAUUUACAUGAGAUCAGAAGCGGAGAACCUGAAAAUGGAAUGGAGAUUCUUCAAAGGACUGAUCAACUCAAAUUUUUGGACAGGGCAGCCAUCCCGAGGACAAAUCAAGAAGCAUCUACAUCAAAUGCUCAUGGACCAUGGAGCCUCUGUACAAUCUCACAAGUUGAAGAAACAAAGAUCGUAAUCAGAAUGCUCCCUAUUAUAUUGAGCACCAUCUUCAUGAACACGUGUAUGGCUCAACUCCAGACCUUUACUAUACAACAAUGCAUAACAAUGAACAGAAAAAUCGGAAACUUUGUAAUCCCAGCGUCUUCAAUACCUGUAAUUCCUCAAUUGUUCCAACUCAUCUUGAUCCCAGUCUAUGAUCGUAUAUUUGUCCCAACAGUAAGAAAAUAUACGGGGAUCCCUUCUGGGAUUCGGCAACUGCAACGUAUAGGUGCUGGACUAGUACUUUCAGCAGUUUCUAUGGCAGUGGCUGCAGUUGUAGAAAGUCGCAGGAAAUCAGUUGCCAUUGAGCAUAGCAUGGUUGACUCAGCUAGUCCAUUACCUAUGAGUGUGUUCUGGAUUGUAUACCAAUAUAUAAUAAUUUCAGCGGCUGAAAUAUUUACGUUGGUAGGUUUGUUGGAUUUCUUCCAUGCUGAGAGCACAUCAGGAAUGAAAUCACUGGGUCUGGCCAUUUCUUGGUCUUCACUGGCAUUUGGCUACUUCACAAGCGCAGUAUUUGUGAGUAUAAUUAACAAGUUGAGUGGUGGCUGGUUAGCUAAUAACAACUUGAACAGAGACAAGCUCGACUACUUCUAUUGGUCGCUAGCAGGAGUCAGUAUACUGAACUUUGGUUUCUAUUUACUAUGCGCUUCUUGGUACAAGUAUAAAAGGCCGGUACAGGACCAAGAAGAUCAUAUCUAGGACAAGAAAGCCAAGGGGAAAAUUGUAAUGUGUGCUGUUUGGGAAAAAUGCAUCCUCAUGAUGUUUGACCAAAUUCUGUCAUUUAAUAAUAUUGUAAUUGUGAACAUAUUGCAGAGAGUCCAAGUAAUCCUGCAUCAGGCAUCAGUCUUUUUAUUGUUGAUCAAA